UAUAAAAGUUACCCACUCUCUUUGCUUCAUCCCAUGCAGCAAUACAUUAGCAUAUCAGUCUCCAAAGAGCUAAAAUUCUCUUCAUUCUUUUCCUUUCUUAAAUUAAUCCCCAUAGCAUCAAGAUGAUCAGCACAAAGAAGCUUUUCAAGUUGGCCAGGAAAUGGCAAAUUAUGGCUACGAUUAGACAAAAAAGGAUCACAUCGCCAAGGCCCUCGGGAGUCGACGUUAACACCAAUAAUUGCAGCACAUCAUCACCAAUUGUCGAGAAGGGUCACUUUGUUGUGUAUGGUGCAGAUCAGAUACAAUUCGUGCUUCCUUUGGAAUAUCUAAGGAGCAGAAUUGUUACAGAGCUAUUCGCAUUGGCGGAAGAAGAAUUUGGACUACCAAGCGACGGCCCUCUUACGUUGCCUUGUGAUGCAGCCUUUAUGGAAUAUGUAAUCGUUUUGAUCAAAAAGCAUGCGACUGAAGCUGUGGUGAAAGCAUUGCUGAUGACCUUAUCUGACACUCGCUGCUCAUCCUCAUCGUCAAAUCUAAUUCAACAAGCAACAUACCAACACCAACUAGUCUGCAGCUUCUAAAGCAAAUUUUGUUUUCAUUUUGUAAACGGACCAAAACUCCGUACAAUUUACAGCAUAUAAUGAAAGUAUUUCAGUAUUUUUCUUUGUAAUUUUUUUCUAAAAAGUAGAAAUUUUAUUAAUUUGAAACACUUGCACAUCAUAAUAAGU